CCAAUCCUUUACAAAAUACCUUUAUAUGCUCUAGAUUAAUAUUAUGAAGACUGUAACAGUUCCCUUAGGUUAGUAUGUUUUGGGAGGCGCCCACCAGGUCACGUUAGGAUAGGCUUCCCGCCCCCAAAAUCCACAUGAUGAGGCGGGGGCUCUAGGAAGCCAGCACUCUGUAGAUGCGCAAUCAACGUAAUAAAAUUCAUAAUAUUAAAGAUGAAGAGCUAUAGUCCAUGUAGUGAUAUUCUAAAAGCUUUACCCCUAUAUGAUGAGCUAGUGCUGAUUUAAAUAGAUAGAGACUGAAGGAUGACCAGGGAUUCUGAGAGGCUAUUUUGUACUGGUGGACUCUAGUGGGUAGAUCAGGAGUUAGAACAAAUAGGUCUGAAGGAGCGAUUGCAGAUUUAUUACGAAAGAUCUGCCAGUACUUGAUUAUGUUCAUUAUUGUGUGGGGGGGAUUUAGCUUACAGUUUAUUUUGGGGGUCUGGGGGAGCACACAUUACACAACUUAUGCUUCCAUUCGCUUAAAUUUAAGCACAUAUAGAUAAAUUUUAUUAUCAGGGAUACAUACAACAAGUAUAUUUUUCCAAAUAUAAUAUAGAUACAAGGAUAUAGCGUUUUUUAGACCUUUACUCACUAUGCUUCCAUUCACUUUACUCUCUUAUGCUUCCAUUCACUUAAAUUUAAGCACAUAUAGAUAAAUUUUAUUAUCAGGGAUACAUACAUUUUUCCAAAUAUAAUAUCGAUACAUGCAAGGAUAUAAUGUUUUUUUUAUUCCUGGUGCUACUUACACAUGUAUCCUUAGUUGUAUAAUCACACUCUGUACUGUCUGGGGGUUGGGACGGCAUGCUCCUCCCUUUCAUGGCAUGGCUCAAACCGUUUCUGAUCUUGUAGCAAGACAAAACACACACACACUCAGGAGGGCAGGACUGUCGGCCUUUCACUGCCGCAGGACCACAUACACAUAUAGGAGGGCAGGAUUGCUAGCCUUCUGCUCCUGCUGGGAAGAUGAGGUCACAGCUUCAUGGCUUACAUCCUGUACCUAUUGUAUACAGGUAAGAUACCAUACUAAAAAAAAGGGUGCGGCUGCUGAGGUGAGGCAGGCGAGCUCGGGGCUCGAGGGCACCGUUGCCAGAUUAUCGUACUCCAGAGCCGCGUAAUUACCGGUUUCUGGCUUUAACUGUUGCCAACAAGCACCAAUAAUUAACCAUUUAAACGAUAUCCAUAUAUGAAGGCAGUUAUUUGGGUGAUGAAAGCAGUUUAUUGGGUCGGAAAUCGGCAAACAUAAAAGGCUGAGUACGACAAUCUGGCAACGUUGCUCGGGGGGACCGAUUUUUCCAGUGUUUUGGAGUGGGCCGAGUAGCGCAUAUAAACACAGGUCGGCGCAUGCGCAGUAGAGGGGGGAACAGGGGGGAACGUUCAGUCUGCCACACCGCUACAAAGGCCUGGGGGCGGAUUCUGAAACGAAGUUACGGCGUCGUAUCUGCUUAAGGCGCCGCAAGUCCGGCCGUAGCGCUUCCGCUGGUAUACUCAAAACACCGGCGCGGCCAUUUUGAGGAGAGUUACGGCGCCGCAGGUUAAGGCGGGUGUGGGCCGCCCUAAGUGAGUUACGGCCUCCUCUCCCUGCACGCCUUCGCUGCUACAAGUGGAACCUAUACAGCCUUUAUACAGGUAUGAAAUGCAUAUAAACGAUGUUUACGUAGUUAUACUACUUAUAGAACUGUAAGAAGUGAAUGAACUACCAGUAAGAUGUUUAGUAAUACAGUAACUAGGAAGUUUGGUGAAAACUUGUGAGAGGGCUUCCCACUGCCUCUUGCAAUGAUACAUUUUUAUUAUGUGGAGUUGCAAAGAACCGGUAGUAGAUAGGUAUGUUGCCAUGUUCCUAUACGCACAGCAUCACAAUUGAAAACGGAGUAAAUAUAUAUGCAUUCAGUUUACGCGCACGACACCAUUUUCCUCAUAUUUGCCUUCCUAAAUCCUACAAACUUGGGGAUCCAUCCCCCAUCCUUAGCAACGUAGUAUCUUGCACGCGUGGGUGAGCAGGGACAUCACUGUGUUGCAAGUGUUGUAUAUAUACCAUAGUGCUGAUAAAUGUUAAAGGUAACUUUUCACAAAAAUGGUGUUAUAGCUUGCAUAUAGAAUACAGCAUCGUCUGAAUGUCUGAGGUUAUGAACAAAGGUAGGUUAGGUUUGUGUCAGUGCUGUUAGCAUUAGUAGCUCCUCUUCCGAAAAGUUUGGCCUCCUUUUCUUCGUAGGGGGCAAGGUAGGGGGUGAGGAGAGAGGCUCCAUUGUCGUGAGAGGGUGGGCACCGCGGGAACGUUCGCACAACAGCUGAUUUGUGUUUAUAUCCCGCGAUUGGUCGACGCUUCCUAUUUGCCGACUAGAACUUGCCCCUGAUUGGCCACUGAGACGCGGCCGCCUUACAGCGGCGCGCGCCCUAAGGUCCCCUUACGACGGCCUUAAAAAGUUUUGAGUAUGGGAAAGGAAUGCAGAGAUACGGUGCCGUAGCGCGGCCGUAGCCAACGGCGCCUUAGUGAAGUUAAGGCAGCGCGCGGGCCUUAACUUACGGCCCUUCUCAGAAUCCGCCCCCUGGGGGCGGAUUCUGAAACGAAGUUACGGCGCCGUAUCUGCUUAAGGCGCCGUAAGUCCGGCCGUAGCGUUUCCGCUGGUAUACUCAAAACACUGGCGCGGCCAUUUUGAGGAGAGUUACGGCGCCGCAGGUUAAGGCGGGUGUGGGCAGCCCUAAGUGAGUUACGGCCGCCUCUCCCUGCACGCCUUCGCUGCUACAAGUGGAACAUACAGCUUUCAUACAGUGGUGCGCUGACCGGUGACUGAUUCUGUGUCUACUCCACAGCCAUGGAACUUCUGGCAGCACAUCUCUUUGAACGAAAUCUGAGGCGUGAGAGGAGAUACAGAGAUCCACUUGACCCUCUUCAAGUGUGCGACGAGCACCUUCUGAGGCACUAUAGGAUGCCUCGGCAUGAGAUUCUCAGACUCUGCGACGAGCUGUCUCCACUGUUAUCACGGGCAACAAAACGGGCUCAUGCUAUACCCACUCACACGCAGGUGCUUGUAACUCUGCGUUUUCUUGCAAGUGGCACUUUUCAAAAUGUUAUCGCUGAUACCACAGGACUCACUCAACCAAGUGUGAGUCGAAUAAUUUCUAGUGUGACCAACAUCCUAUAUGAGAAGGCUAAAAUGGAAAUUAAAAUGCCAACCAAUAUCUAUGAUGUGAACAGAACAGCAGCCGCAUUUAGUUUUAUAGGUGGUUUCCCCAGAGUAAUUGGUGCCAUAGAUUGCACACACAUACCUAUUAAGGCACCUAUUGAAAAUGAACAUAUUUAUGUAAAUAGAAAGAGUUUCCAUUCUCUGAAUGUGCAAGUCAUUUGCAAUGCUGAGAUGCUGAUUACCAGCUUCAGUGUCAAGUAUCCUGGUGCCACAAAUGAUGCCUUCAUUUGGAGAAAUUGCCCUUUAAGAGACAGAUUUGAGGCUGGGACCUUCAGAGAUUUUCAUCUGUUAGGAGACUGUGGAUAUCCUCUUGAACCAUACCUGCUGACACCCUUCCAUGACCCCAUGACUGAAGGUGAGCGGCAGUACAACAGGAGCCACAAAACUACAAGGGUCAUCAUUGAACAAACCUUUGGUGUCCUGAAGUCUCGCUUUCGCUGCCUUCACCGUUCAGGUGGAUCGCUGCAGUACGACCCCAAGAAGUGUGCUAAAAUAGCUGCUACGUGCAUGUGGCUCCACAAUAGGUGCAUAAGAAGAAGAAUUCCAAUGAUCGCACCAGUUGGGAAUGAUGAUGGUAUGAAUAAUGACAAUGACAUCAUACAUGGUGAUCACAACCCCACAGGGCAAGAUGUGAGGAGGGAAAUAGUUGAGGGCUUUUUCACCUAAAUGUAGACAGUUCAGUGACUAAGUGAUAUUAUGGUGCAUAUAGUAGUUGAAAUAAAUAUCUCAUUUGAAGAGGUAAUUCUAUUUGUACUUUUAUGUUACAUAGCAGGUGACAUAAAUAUGAUCUCAUUUAAUAACAGAUCCUGAACACUUUUGAUAUUUUGUUACUUACAUUUUAAUGCUAAAU